AUGAGUUCACCUGCCGGCCGUGAGAGGCAUCCAAUACUCUUUCGACACUCCCCUCACUGGACCUAUGCGCCGAUGUGGGUGCUAAAGGUUCAGGAUGUGCUGAACAUGGAUGGAAAGUUUCUUCGACACCACGAGUUGAAGCAGAAAGGUCUUCUGAAAUUGCGCGAGCACACCGACCCCAAGGCGUGGGUAGUGUUUAUCUCACACCAGUGGCUUGGCCGGGAGCACCCCGACCCUCAUGGAGAGCGACUCCAUGUUCUGCAAGAUUUUCUGAGGGGGCUGAUCUGCUUGCAAGUUCAAAUCGAGCAUGACCCAACAACACAAUUCUUCAUGAAAGGUCGCAAGCUGACCAAGGCAGAGUGCAGGAAUCUGCAACAUGCUUACCUUUGGCUGGACUACUUUUGUGUGCCCCAGGCUCCUGAAGCCACAGAGGAGGAACAGAUUAAGUACAUAUUCUCCAUUCCUUUCUAUGUCGAUGCCUGUGAGCUUUUCUUGGCUAUGGUUCCCAGGUGUUACAACGAAGCUGGCGAACCUUGUGGGCUGCCCACGUGGUUGCAGCGGGGAUGGUGCCGGACCGAGAUGUGGUGCAAACUUCUGUCUGAUGCUUCGGACAUUCCGAUUGCUGUCGUUACCAGGGGGGACUCGGCAGAGUUUCCCACAAUGCGGUGGACAUUUCACACCAUCCACACGGGGGAGUUUAGUGUCGAAGCAGACCGAGCUUCCUGUCGCCAAGUCGUGCAGAGAGCUCUGCAGCGUAAGAUUGCUGAGCUAAAGAGCCACGGGGAUCUGGAUCGAUACAGGCUUUUCUCGGCACUCUUCGAAAGCCUGCUGGGCCUUCCUCCGCGACAGCGGAGCUUGAAGGAGUUUUUGGAUGACUUUGCCUUUAAAAGUUUGAAGAAAUGCCGAGGGCGAGUUGGGGUGGGCCCAGUAGCUUGUGCUGCACUGGCCGGGGACGCCCCGCUGAUUCAUGAGCUUGUGACAGCCAGAGCGACCCUACACAGCCGCACACGUGCGGAUGAAUACAUGGGCGUUAUGCCGGAAUGUACUCCUUUGCACUUGGCCUGUUGGUUUCGCUCCGAUAACUUGUUGCCCCUGAGGACUCUUAUUGAACUCAGGGCAAAUACCAUGGCUGGCAAAGGUGGGACACCUGGUCCGUUAAACUUCUGUCACACGGCAGAUGCCGUUGAGUUGCUGGUUGAGCACGGGGCAUCGGUCAAUGUCCCAACAUCUACGUUGUUGUGGCCACCUCUCCACACAAUGUGUAUGAAUGCGGCGGAACCCGAAACCUUGGCAAAGAUUUUGGAGUUGCGAGCCGACCCGAACGGUGACCCUGACGGCUCACAGCCCCUGGCGAUGCUCGGUGUUUGGGGCAAUUCCAACAUCUACUUGAUCGAAUCGGCGCAGCUGCUGCUGCGGAAGAAGGCGGACGUCAACAAAGUCUUUGAAACCGUUGGCAUCUGGCGCAUCAUUGAGCUGGGAUGUCGCGCCUAUGGCCUCUUCAGCAGAAAACCUCCAAUGAUGGUCAAGGUUUUUGGCAACUUUACAACGAACUGCCUUGGCUGGGCCGCCAUGUACGGCUGUGAAGACCUUGCUGUCUUCCUUCUUCAGGCACGGGCAGACACCGAGGUGAGAAACCAUCGAGGCUUGCGACCUAUUGAUCUUUCGAAGACUGCAUUCAUGCGACGGUUGAUUGCUGAGCCUCCACGGCACUACCUGUUCCUCUCUGAUAGGCUUCAUGUCGAAGACUUGUCCUGA